UUGUAAACACAUCUAUCUAUCUACCCUUCGUCAUAAACAUCUCUAUACUAGAUCUAACAUUCGUCAUGAGGUAGGCCAAGCAUCUGAAAAUAAGCAUGCGUGAAUUUUUCGCAUUUAUUGGCAACACUACAAAAUAAGGACAUAGACCACGAGAAGAAAAUGAAUGCUUUCAAGGACUGAUGAAUUCUAGAAAAAGUAAAAUGGUUUGUCUUAAUUGAAUUGAAGACUCUAGCAACUACUGUGAAUCAUUUCAAGUAUAUGAACGCCAACUUCUAUGAUGUUAUACUUGCAUAGACAGCUUCUGCUAGAAUGUAUUGUAACAAAUGCACUCGGGAGGCAUUUUUAUACGGUGUUGUUUACUUUUUGUUAGUAGGUUCACUUCAGGUGGCUGAACAAGCACCAGCAGAUGCAUGGGUCGAGUCCUUCCCUGGCUACAUUGGAAGCCAGCCUUACAACAUAUAUACCGGGUAUAUAACAGUCAAUGAGACUCGUGGUAGAGCUCUCUUUUAUUAUUUUGUUGAAUCCGAAAGAAAUCCAUCUGAAGACCCAGUUCUUCUGUGGCUUACUGGUGGUCCUGGUUGCUCAAGUUUCACUGGAUUUGUCUAUGAGAUUGGCCCAAUGUAUUUUGAUCUCAAUUACACUGGGGGUUUACCCAAGCUCAUUGACAAUCCACAUUCUUGGACUAAGGUGUGCAACAUUAUUUUUCUUGAUUCUCCUGCUGGGACUGGGUUUUCCUACUCCAAUUCAACCGAAGACUAUGUUACUGGAGACUUUAAGACUGUAUCAGAUGCAUACACUUUUCUUAUGAAGUGGUUUGAGGCAUACCCUGAGUUUCUAUCUAAUCCACUAUACAUUGGAGGAGAUUCUUAUUCGGGCUAUAUUGUACCAAUGUUGACACAGAAAAUAGCAGAUGAAACCUAUGAAAGUUUUGAUAAAGAAAAUCAUUUGAUAGAUUCUGGCAGUAAAUUGUUGAGGAAGAAGUCUCUCAAAGUCGUAGUAUCUGAGGAAGACAAAUAUUCUGUUAAGAGAAAUAAGAAUACAGUGAAAUAUGAUGUAAUAAGAAGUAUGAAGGAAUUGAGAGAAUCCAAGAAGCAGAUCCAGAGUGGGAGUUGUCUUGUUGAAGCCAAAUUAACACAAUUGUUGUGCUCAGCUACAAAAGAAAGCGGUGGCCAAGACCAGACAAAUAGCCAUUUUGACAGUGCAGGGGACACUGUUCAUCAAAGAAUUGACAAGAAUGGAACAGAGCAAUCACCUGCAGAGAAUGAGCAUUUGGACCAAAUGAAGAGCAAUUGUUGCAAAACAGGAAAGUUGAUAUCAUCGGAUAAGUCACAAACAAAGAGAUAUAGAACGAGUAAAUCUUCUCAAGCAUCAAGGUAUGAAAUUUGUGGUAAAAUUACAGAUGAGACGGUAAUAGAGUUGUCUAAUGUGACUUGUCUUGAGGAUAUCACCAGUGCUCGUGAAAAAUGUAAAAAGUACAACCUAUUUCCAUCUGAUCCAGAUUCUGGACUGAUUUCUAAUGAAACAACCAGCAAUGAGGAAGAUGGGAAGGAGUAG